UUAAAAUACACAACAAAAACGGCAUAUGUAUAUUUGACUCUGGCAUAAGGAAAGUUUUUCCGAAGAUGAAUACAGGAACCGAAUCUCCCCAUGGCCUUGCAAACCAACGGCGGAAUGCAUCAACUGCAGCCACUAUAAACGGGUUUUCGGCUAGUGCUUGCAGUGGUCGAAGAAAGUCUUUAAAUUAUCAAUCGCUAAAAUUGCACGCCGAUGAUGCUGGUCGCUUCAGUCCGCAUCCACAAGAGAUUUUGAUGCAGCAGUCAUCGAAGCUGACGAUGGCUGUGCCUCCGUUGGAUAAGUUCGACGAUCCCAUUUCCAACGUUUGCUUGCCACCGCCAUCUCCAGCGCCAAACAGUGACUGUCUAACAACAGGAAUGGGUCACAUGCACACUCACCAGCGACAUUGUAAUGGACUAACAGGAGUUCAUCAGAUAACACAAACUACUGGACCCAUGAGCCCGAAUCCAGCUCCGACUUCUGUUUCCGUUUCAAUCACUAGCUGCUCGUUCCCACUAUCGUUGUCAAAUUCAUCGUCAUCACUUUGCAACAGCUCGACCCUAGCACCGCCAGAUAAUCAUGCAGCGCUGCAUAAAUCAGUUAGCAGCCGUUAUCGACUGGAGCGCUACCGUGAACCACAGCAGAGUCAAAAGUUAUCAUUAGCUGCAACAUAUGCAGCAUCAGCAAACGCAAGUGCGUCAACAUCUUCAGGCCGCUUCUUUUUGCCGCCGAAAGUGCAGUCCGACAGUGGGUACAGCGGCUACCUUGGGUCGACUGUGCACACACCGGUUAAGCGAUAUGUGCCAACGCCGCCGCCGACGACGACUGCACGCGAAAUUUACAGCGAGUUGACGCCGGCAGUUCCAGCGCUCCCUCUGGCGAGCACGCAAUACGUGAAUAUGCCACUGUCUAUGUCAUAUAAUUAUCGGCCAAAGUGCUGCCACGGAGAAAUUGAAUCAGCUGCAACCCCGACGAGCAAUAACAACAGCAGCAACAACUAUAAUAAGACCUCCCAAAUAGUGAUAAAUGCAUCUUUAGCAUCAGCAUCAGCUUCAUCAUCGUCAUCUACCUGUCCCUGUCCAUCGCCCGCAUCGUCUGGCAUUUCAGUCACAUUCCCAGCAACUGUGUCAAGAGUCUGCUCGCCAAGUGUGUAUAACAACAACUCAAAGAUUAAUAACAAUAGCAACAGCAGCAGUGGACUUAGCUCGGUAAAAGUCCUCGGUAGCUCGGCAAGUAAGUUACUGCACUCAAGUCCGCAAGAUGAGAAUGAGCCUAUAAUUGUAUUACCGUCAGGCGCAACUCAAGGAAUGGCCAUUGACACCAGCGGUACAUGUUUGCACUGCAACACAGUGCGCCGGACAACUGGAGUGCAUCAAACAACGCAGACUACUGGACCUAUUAGUCCUGUGCCUGUGACGAUGCCCGCUAUUAAUAUGCAAAUAGGACACCCACACACACUUCCACUCCCAAAUGAAUUAUCAAAGGUCACUCAAACACAACAACAACAGCAACAGCUGUAUAUGGAUCAGUUGUCAAGCACCAAUUCGCCACGGUUACAGCAAAGUCAACUUCAUACCUUGCAUGUCCAUCAGCAGCAACAACAAUAUCAACAACAACUGCAACAGCAACAACAACAACAGAAUCAUAGUUAUUCAUGUAAAAAACGGAUUGGUAUUUACAUGAGGCGUGAAAUUUCGAUCUUCUUCGGAGUAGAGUCUACUACUGAAUCUGAAGACUUUACGCUGUGGUAUGGACGGCAUCGGAGAUUGGCUGUCAGACGUUUUGGUUCAUUAAUCUUGAAUGCAGCCGAAAUAGAGGGAAACUGCUCUAGUGAUCGGCAGAGUAAUACAAUUGAUUCGCAUGCCACUGGCAAUGGCAGCUUCUACGCAGCUGAUCGACCAGAUAUUUUGCCGGCUCAAGAUGCCCAGAACGCAGACCUGUCGCUCGCCAGUAACUGCAGAUGGCGAAAAUGCAAUGGCCACGGUCACACAAAUAUGAACUUUAAUGCCGGUGAGUUUGUCGAACGCAAGGCAUCGGUGGUACAUAUGCUGAUAUCCACUGUGUGUUACCUUAUCAACGUGUUCAAUCGCAAUCCCCGAACAAUCCUAAACAAUGGGCAUAGCAGCAGUAAUCGUGGGCACCGACAGUGGUCGCGCAGCUUUGCGCCUAUUCAUGUUCAUAGACCAAGAUCGAAUGUAGGUGAAAAGCAGAUGAUGGACGUGGAACUGGAUUUGGACACGGCCGACAGUCUGGCAGCACUAAUUGAAGAUGAGGUCUUCUUCGAUAACCCCAGUGACAUGUUAAACGGAAUCUCUCACACAAGCGACGAGAAUAGUGCCAAACAUAAUAAUGCCGUUCAAGACGUGGGACUUGGAUUGCCACUUGGCGUAGAUGGGGCUGUCGCUGGAGUUUAUAUGGCUGACCGUCAUCAUAUUGGUUGGCGCACAUCAGCACCGAGUUCAGCAUCUAAUGAUAUAAACAUAAUUGGAGAUGGAAAUGCACAAUCGAAUCAGAUGAUUACAUCUGUAUCUGGCUCUGGAUCGGGUUCAGGUUCAGGAUCCGGAGGCGUUUCAGGAUGUGUCCCAAGCUCAGGGCACAGUCAGUCAGCUUUGCGUGGCACAUCAGGUAGCUGUCGAGGUGUCCGUAUAACAGCUCAAUUACUCGAUGGAGUUCUUGAGAACUCAAGACGACCACCAAUGCGACGUAUCAAGUACUUCAAUUCAAAUGAUCUGGACGAUCGUCUAGACCAUCGCCCAUUUUUCACAUACUGGAUCAACACUGUGCAAAUAGUGGUGCUCUUUCUGUCAAUAGCCUGCUAUGGCAUCGCUCCGAUUGGCCUUGGAACAGAGCAGAGAACGGGCCAGGUUCUGGUUACCAGCUUGAGCUUGCAGACGGUCCAGCAUGUGGAGCAGCGAAAUAUGUGGAUUGGGCCGCGAAACAAUGACUUGGUGCAUAUGGGCGCCAAGUUUGCGGCCUGCAUGCGGCGAGAUGUAAAAAUAAUCGACGUACUUACUAAAACAAGGAGACAGGAGCGCGAGACAGCGUGCUGCAUACGUAAUGAUGACUCCGGCUGUGUUCAGAGCUCUCAAGCCGAUUGCUCUAUACGCGGAUUAUAUCCAACUAAAUCCAUUUCAACUUGGAAAAAAUGGUCACCGGGUGAAUCUGGUCCGGGCGGUCGAAUUUCAGGAUCCGUAUGCGGGUUAGACCCAAAAUUUUGUGAUGCUCCUGCCUCGAUUGCACCAUAUGAGUGGCCUGAUGAUAUCACCAAAUGGCCAAUUUGUCGUAAGACCAACUCAUUUUCGCAGCGAUACCGCUAUAAGGAUCACACAGCAGAGCAUAUGGUCUGCGAGGUAAUUGGCCAUCCUUGCUGCACUGGUCUAUAUGGCGAAUGCCGCAUUACGACACGCGAAUACUGUGACUUUGUCAAUGGCUAUUUUCACGAGGAAGCCUCUCUGUGCUCACAGAUAUCCUGCCUAAACAACGUUUGCGGCAUGUUUCCGUUCAUCUCAGUAGAAAUUCCUGAUCAGAUAUACAGACUGUUGACAUCGUUGUGCAUGCAUGCAGGCAUUUUACACCUGGCAAUUACGCUUUUAUUUCAACACCUAUUCUUAGCCGAUUUGGAAAGAUUGAUUGGCACACUGCGUACAGCGGUUGUCUAUAUAAUGUCCGGGUUGGUUGGUAACAUAACUAGUGCUGUGCUUGUGCCCCACAGGCCCGAGGUUGGACCUUCCGCAUCCCUCUGUGGUGUGGUAUCUUCGCUUAUAGCUUUGCUGAUCUGGAUGCACUGGAAGUACCUUCAAAAACCGUAUGUGGCGCUUUUAAAACUUUUACUUCUGUGCAUAGUGUUCUUUGGAAUUGGUACACUGCCUUAUCAGCUUAAUUUUGCUGGACUAUUGGCUGGCGUUGCCUGUGGAGGAUUUUUAACCAUAUCGCUGGUGCCAUUUGCAGGAUUCUCAAAGUACGGCCGCAGGAAAAAGAUUAACCUUAUCUGGACCUGCAUACUUUUCCAUUUGUUUGUGUGCGCUACUUUAAUAGCAACCUUCUACGUGUAUCCCAGCGAGUUUAGUUCAGUCAACUUAGUUGACGAUAUGUUUGGUAGCAGUGGCAACGAAAACAGCUAUGGUUAUAGCGGCCCUACAAAUAGCAACGUAGGACACUUUAACAGCGGAGAGGUGGUCAGUACUACCACACGCAGAUAUGUACAAAACCAGAAGCCACAACUUUAUUAUCACCAUCAUUCGGAAGAUAUAAUUCGAAACAGCGUUACAACUGGCAUAUCGCAUGUAUAUCCUGACGCGCAGCAACAACUGGAGUCACAGCACUGGCAAGAACCUAUCUACUAUCGUUCGUUUAGCUUUCGCAACUCAAAUCACAGUGAUGACGGUUAUACGUCCAAAAAGGAUAACCCCGUGGGAGACAAUUCUGGCUUUAGCCGUUAUAUGGGCAAGAAAUCCAUCAACAAGUCGGAUAACGCAGUAGAGGAUAUGCAAUUUAUUAACAAUUAUAUCACAAAUAUAACUGAAACAGCAUCAAAGGGCCUAUAAAUCGUGCGGCUGCGUCAGUCAUUUAAAAUUAAAUAAUAAAAAUCUGCACAAUAUUUAAGUACACAAAUAUUCUUAAGGCACAAAUACAAAAUGUGCAUACUUACAUACCUACGAAAACAACAAAUGCUCCCGUAAAACGACAAUUCCAAUUUUCUGUAUGUGUUUUGAGCAAAUAAAGAAUACAUAAAUGCUUAAGAAAUCAA